AGUUGUGUGAAGUGGGAGUCGGUGUGUUCGCGGAGUUACGGAGACGAGAGCGCGUUUGGAAACGGGGGACUUUGGAUACAGAUAGGCGUUUUUCUCUUCAGAGCGAAUCAUCUGAAGGUAUCAUCAUGCCGGUGUUUCACACCAAAACGAUAGAGAGUAUUUUGGAGCCCGUGGCUCAGCAGAUCUCUCAUCUGGUGAUCAUGCACGAAGAGGGAGAGGUGGACGGUAAAGCCAUCCCGGAUCUCACCGCGCCCGUGGCCGCCGUGCAGGCGGCUGUCAGCAACCUGGUCCGGGUGGGCAAAGAGACGGUACAGACCACAGAGGAUGUCAUCAUGAGGAGAGACAUGCCACCCGCCUUCAUCAAGGUAGAGAACGCAUGCACUAAACUGGUGCAGGCCGCUCAGAUGCUGAAGGCAGACCCGUAUUCUGUUCCAGCCAGAGAUUAUCUGAUCGACGGCUCACGUGGGAUUCUGUCCGGCACUUCUGACCUCCUGCUGACCUUUGAUGAGGCUGAGGUUCGUAAAAUCAUCCGUGUGUGUAAAGGGAUUCUGGAAUAUCUGACUGUGGCUGAGGUGGUGGAAUCCAUGGAAGAUCUGAUCACAUACACAAAGAACCUGGGACCAGGCAUGACAAAGAUGGCAAAGAUGAUCGAUGAGCGACAGCAGGAAUUGACUCAUCAGGAGCACAGAGUCAUGCUGGUCAACUCCAUGAACACGGUGAAAGAGCUGCUGCCCGUUCUGAUCUCAGGUAUUAAGAUCUUCGUGACGACCAAGACGUCUCAGGGUAAAGGUGUAGAGGAAGCUCUGAAGAACAGGAACUUCACUGUAGAAAAGAUGAGCACAGAGAUCAAUGAGAUCAUCCGCGUGCUGCAGCUCACGUCCUGGGACGAGGACGCGUGGGCCAAUAAGGACACUGAGGCCAUGAAGAGAGCACUGGCCCAGAUCGACUCAAAAAUGGGUCAUGCCAAGAACUGGUUAAGAGAUCCUCACGGCCAGCCAGGUGAUGCAGGUGAGCAGGCCAUCCGUCAGAUUCUGGAUGAAGCUGGUAAAGUGGGUGAACUCUGUGCUGGGAAAGAGAGGAGAGAUAUUGUGGGCACUGCCAAAACUCUCGGACAGCUGACAGAGCAGGUCUCAGAGCUCCGCGGCAGGGGUCAGGGAGCGACUCCAGUGGCCAUGCAGAAAGCUCAGCAGGUGUCUCAGGGUUUGGAUGUUCUGACGGGGAAGGUGGAAAACGCCGCUCGUAAACUGGAGGCCAUGACCGGCUCCAAACAAGUCAUAGCCAAGAGGAUCGAUGCCGCUCAGAACUGGCUGGCGGAUCCUCACGGUGGUCCUGAGGGUGAGGAGAACAUCAGAGCUCUUCUGGGAGAGGCGAGAAAGAUCGCUGAUCUCUGCGAAGAUCCUAAAGAGAGAGACGACAUCCUGCGCAGCAUGGGCGAGAUAGCCGCUCUGACCGCCAGACUCUCCGAGCUGAAGAAGGCAGGUAAAGGUGACACCCCUGAAGCUCGUGCUUUGGCAAAGCAGAUCGCCACAACUCUCCAAAAUCUUCAGUCUAAAACCAGCAAAGCUGUGGCCAACACUCGACCGGCCAAAGCAGCCGUACACCUGGAGGGGAAAAUCGAGCAAGCUCAUAGGUGGAUCGACAACCCAACCCAGGACGACAGCGGAGUUGGUCAGGCUGCCAUUCGCGGGCUGGUUGCCGAGGGGCGUCGCUUGGCCAACGCGUUGCCGGCGUCCCAGAGGCAGGACUUGCAGGGUAAAUGUGAGGAGGUGGAGCGUCUGAUGGCUCAGUUAGCCGAGCUGGCGGCUCGUGGAGAGGGAGAAAGUCCUCAGGCCCGUGCCGUCGCUCAACAACUGCAGGACACACUGAACGAUCUGAAGGGGAAGAUGCAGGAGGCCAUGACACAAGAAGUGUCUGACAUCUUCAGUGACACGACCACACCCAUCAAACUAUUGGCUGUGGCAGCGACCGCCCCACCGGACGCGCACAAUAGAGAAGAGGUGUUUGACGAACGGGCUGCAAACUUUGAGAAUCACGCGGGUCGUCUGGGCGCCACGGCAGACAAGGCGGCAGCGGUCGGCACUGCUAACAAGAGCACGGUGGAGGGCAUUCAGGCGGCGGUGAAAUCAGCCAGAGAACUCACACCACAGGUGAUCUCUGCUGCUCGUAUCCUCCUGAAGAACCCUGGAAACCAGGCGGCAUAUGAACACUUUGAGACCAUGAAGAACCAGUGGAUCGACAAUGUAGAGAAAAUGACGGGUCUUGUGGAUGAAGCGAUUGACACCAGGUCUCUGAUGGAUGCGUCAGAGGAAGCCAUCAAGAAAGAUCUUGACAAGUGUCAGGUAGCAAUGGCCAAUCACCAGCCUCAGAUGCUGGUCGCCGGGGCAACCAGCAUCGCCCGGCGAGCCAAUCGAAUCAUGCUGGUGGCGAAACGAGAAGUGGAAAACUCUGAGGACCCGAAGUUCCGAGAAACCGUCAAAGCCGCUUCCGACGAGCUCAGCAGGACCAUCUCACCCAUGGUCAUGGAUGCCAAAGCCGUGGCCGGCAACAUACAGGACCAAGGCCUUCAGAGAGGUUUCCUGGGCUCUGGUUAUAAGAUUCUGGGUGCGGUGGCGAAAGUGAGAGAGGCGUUCCAGCCACAGGAGCCAGACUUCCCUCCGCCGCCUCCAGAUCUGGAGAGCCUGCAGAUCCAGGACAACGCCACCCCUCCGAAACCACCCCUGCCGGAGGGUGAAGUUCCUCCACCGAGACCUCCACCACCUGACGAGAAGGAUGAGGAUUUCCCGGAGCAGCAGGCCGGAGAGAUGGUCAGCGAGCCCAUGAUGGUGGCCGCCCGACAGCUCCACGACGAGGCCCGCAAGUGGUCCAGCAAGGGUAAUGACAUCAUCGGCGCCGCCAAGCGUAUGGCUCUGCUCAUGGCCGAGAUGUCUCGACUGGUGCGAGGCGCCACCGGAAACAAGAGGGCGCUCAUUCAGUGUGCCAAAGACAUCGCCAAAGCCUCCGAUGAGGUCACACGGCUCGCCAAAGAGGUCGCCAAGCAGUGCACGGACAAACGGAUAAGAACCAACCUGCUGCAGGUGUGUGAGAGAAUCCCGACGAUCAGCACCCAGCUGAAGAUUCUGUCCACGGUGAAGGCCACCAUGCUGGGACGGACCAACAUCAGCGAGGAGGAAUCAGAGCAGGCUACAGAAAUGCUGGUUCAUAACGCUCAGAACCUGAUGCAGUCCGUGAAGGAGACGGUGAGAGAGGCCGAAGCCGCUUCCAUCAAGAUCCGCACGGAUGCUGGCUUCACUCUGCGCUGGGUCCGCAAGACACCCUGGUACCAGUGAGGGGCGGAGCCAGCAAAUCCCAGCAUGCCCUGGGAAAAACAAUCAGUCCAGGUCCUAAAUGUCAUCGCAGACGUGUCAGUCAUCUCGGUUAGGGGUGAUGAAACUAUUCCAUUUCUGAUAAUUGCUCUUGAAUGUUCAUGGAUGUAAAAUAAGGGACUUUAGUUUCCAAAAGUUUUUUUUUAUUUGUGAAAAAUGGUUUUGUUUUAAAGAUCCCAAAUAGAUAGUUUUGAAGAGUUGAUCACAGAGGUUUGCUAUUUUUCUGGUUUGAAGCCAUUUAGUUUUCUUACGUUCAGUUAAAAGGGUCUUUAUAUCUCAAUUUCGUAUCUUUACUUGCCUUCAUUACACUCUUUGAAUGUACUUUCCACGCAGAUUCAUCUUUAUAUUUUGGAUUUCCACACAAGCACACGUUCAGAUUAUAAACCCCUGAUGCAAGGGCUUUGUCAUAUACUAAAACCAAAAGUUUAAUGUUGAAUGAAUGUUUGCGUGUGUAAUGAUGUGCUUGAAAGGGGGUCUGGUGUCUGACCCGAUUGUUUUAUAUCUUCAGGGAACUGAUAUGUAGUACAUUAAAAUCAAUGAGCUGGUGCUUCCGCUUCAUGAAGUAACCGGACACAGAACACACACACACGCACUGCCGUCCCUGUUUUGUCCCUAGGAUAUCACUGAGCUAAAUACACUACUAAAUCUCUAGCAGGAUGCACACUCAAGUAUAUUUAUAUGAGUGAAGAGAUGCUCUUUGCAUACAUGUACCUUUAAUCAUGUUAAGGUCGUUUUAAUGUAAAUAAUGACAGCCUGUAAGACCCAAUGUGCCUUGUCUUAAUAAAGGAUCUAAUUAUCAGCAGAA